CUCCACUCGCCCCCCUCGCCCCCUCGCCUCCCCCGCGUCCGCCGGCGUCAUCGCCCCCUUUCCCCUCCCACCUCCCGCCGCGGCGCUGGGCUCGGCUCUCGUGUCCUCCGCCGUCUCCGCCGCGAGCUCCGGGCGGUGCUGACCGGCGCGGCGGUGGCGGGGCGGCCCCGGGCUCGGGCUGUCCGCGAGGCUCGUGCAGCAGCGCCCCGCCCGCGCCCCCUCGCCGGCCUGGGGGACUGCCUGCGGGCCCUGGGAUUCCAGCGGCGCGGCGCCCUCGGGGACCGAAUAAGCUUCUCGGGACAAAAUAGAAGAACAAAAUGGAAAAUAUGCUGUUUUGGUUGAUAUUUUUCAUCCUCGGGUGGACCCUCAUUGAUGGAUCUGAAACGGAACAGGAUUUUAUGUGGCACUCGAGAAAAAUACCCCGGCUUGUCAGUGAGAGGACUUUCCAUCUCACCAGCCCCACCUUUGAGGCAGAUGCUAAGAUGGAGUUAAAUAGAGUGUGUGGCAUCGAAUGCCAGAAUGAACUCCCAGCUCCCAGCCUUUCUGAACUGGAAGAUUCUCUUUCAUACGAAACUGUCUUUGAGAACGGCACCCGAACCUUGACCAGAGUGAAAGUUCAAGGUUUGGUCCUUGAGCCAACUCUAAAUAUCACCACAAAAGGAGCAUCAGUUAGGAGAAAGAGACAGGUGUAUGGCACAGACAGCAGGUUCAGCAUCUUGGACAAAAGAUUCUUAACCAAUUUCCCCUUCAGCACAGCCGUGAAGCUCUCCACGGGCUGCAGCGGCAUCCUCAUUUCCCCCAGGCACGUUCUAACUGCUGCCCACUGCGUCCACGAUGGAAAGGACUACGUCAAGGGGAGUAAAAAGCUCAGGGUAGGGCUGUUGAAGAUGAGAAAUAAAGGUGGUGGCAGGAAACGUAGGGGUUCUAGGAGGAGCAGGAGAGAAGAGAAUGGUGGUGACGAAAGAGAAGGUAGCAAAGAGAAUCUGAAGGAGAGAGCCAAGGCUGGGAGAAGAAGGAAGGAAUCUGGUCGGCGUGGGCGAGUCGCUGAGGGGAGGCCCUCCUUCCAGUGGACCCGGGUCAAGAAUACCCACAUUCCCAAAGGCUGGGCUACAGGAGGGAGCGGAGACGCCGCCUUGGACUAUGACUACGCUCUUCUGGAGCUGAAGCGCGCCCACAAAAAGAAAUACAUGGAACUAGGCAUCAGUCCAACCCUCAAGAAGCUGCCCGGCGGGAUGAUCCACUUCUCGGGAUUUGAUCAUGACAGGGCCGAUCAGUUAGUCUACAGGUUUUGUAGCGUGUCCGAUGAAUCCAGUGAUCUCCUCUAUCAAUACUGCGAUGCUGAGUCGGGCUCCACUGGCUCCGGGGUCUAUCUGCGUCUGAAAGAGCCAGACAAAAAGAACUGGAAGCGCAAAAUCAUUGCGGUCUAUUCAGGCCACCAGUGGGUGGAUGUCCACGGCGUUCAGAAGGACUACAACGUGGCGGUGCGCAUCACUCCGCUCAAGUACGCCCAGAUCUGCCUCUGGAUGCGCGGAGACGACGCCCACUGCGCUUACGGCUGACGGGAGCCCGCCCCCGGGGCGUGGAGAUCUAAAUCGCGCAGAAAACCCGUGCUGCUUAUUGUAGCAAGAUCACUUCAUAGGUGAUGCCUGGACUUGAACCCUGUCAAUAGCAUUUCAACAUUUUUAUAAAGUUACUUUUUCAAAAUUAGAUUUUCAUGCAUUUAAAAAAUGUUUAGGAACAGAUAUUGAAACUAGAUGGGCACUAGUAUAUAUUCUUCUUUACAAGAUGAUGUUUCAUUUGUGGGAAAAUUUUUGUUUUUUUCUGUUUUCUUAAAAAUUAGACACUCUUUAAAACUGAAAGCUGGUAUAAAUAAUAUGUGAUUUCUUAAUGGACUUAGUCUCAGGGUCCUACUCUAAGAAGAAUCUAAUAGAAGGCCGGUUGCAUAUUAACUGUGAAACUGCAUAUACAGAUGUAAACAGUAACAGAUUAGAAUCAGGUUAGAGACAGAAAUUCACAGCACACAUUAUAUUACUGUGAGAUGGACCCCUUCAGCUCAUGCCCUCCGUGUUUAUAUUGUUUUCUGUUGGGUCUGAGAAAUUUUAGUAGUUUUUUUUUUAAGAAUUACAAGGAACGGCAAGCUUUAUAAACAAAACUAUCAACUAUUUUACUGUUUUAAAAAAUAUCAACUGAAGUAUUAUUUAAAAAUAGGAGAAAUACUUUGUUCUAUAAAAUAAAUCUAGUUUAAAAACAGGGAAGCUGAGACAUUUUAAGAUCUUAAGUUUUUAUUUAACUAGUAUUCAGAACAUGGACUUUUCAGGUAUGUAUAGGGAAGACAGUUCAAAGUUACGAAUGAUCACAUAUUGAAAGCCAUUUCAUUUUAUGCUAUACAUUCUCCUCUGUAUGAAGUGUCAUAGUUUUAGACAGAGAAUUCCAUAAUCUUUUUCAAGAGAAGGCCUGUUCUUUUUGGUGAGGAAGAGUGGCCCUGAGCUAACAUAUGUGCCAAUCUUCCUCUACUUUGUAUGUGGGACACCACCACAGCAUGGCUUGAUAAUCAGUGUGCGGGUCUCUGCCCAGGAUCCGAACCCGUGAACCCCAGGCCGAUGAAGUGGAGCCUGCGAACUUAACCACUAUGCCACAACUUAACCACUAUACCACCCGGCCAGCCCUCAAGAGAAGUCCAUUCUCCCCCUUGACAAAAUUCAGCUUUCUUCAUAGGCCCAUAGGCAUAUUAUUUUGAACAAUUCUCUGACUAGUAAUUUUAGAUAUGUGCUUUCUUAAAAAUGAAUAGAAUUUACAAAUAUAAUUUCUAAAAGAAGGUUCUGAUUAUUGUCCUUAGGGACCCAGUCUGGACCGUCACUCUGGCCAUCAUGGCAGCCAUGGCAAACAAGGUUCAGCGGCUGCCCAGGGGCAAAAUACAGAGUAGGCACUCAAUAGGUGUUUCUCGAAUGAACAAAUAUUUGCUGAAGGGUUGUAAAAGGGGUUCAAGCCAUUAUGUUUAAAGGGUUUUAGUGAUUUGUAAUAGAGUGCACCACAAAUUCAGGAAUUGAGGGCCUAAUUUCUGGUCUGUUCUUCCUGGCAGUUUCUAGGGUACACAUUCUCUUCUCUCAUGACACACCCAAAUCAUUGAUUCUGCCUGAGUUCAAAUUUAUUUUAUCUGUCAUUAUUUUUUUAAGAAUGAGAAGUUAUACCCUUGACUAGUAUGCAAAGGAAUAUUUGAUUGCUUUAUAAUAAAAGGCGAUUUUGUAAGUAGUAUCCAAAAUAGCUGAAAUUCAAUAUGUGUACAUUCUUUUAUAAUGUGAAUCUGUUAAAAAUCAUUCAAUAAAAAAUUUA